AUGGCACCCGGCGAAUCCAAAGAUGAGCGCGACGAAAGAGUCGCGAAACUCUGGCAGAGCUUAGGUGUCCGGCAGGACGGCCGUCUCGAUCUCCAUGGGUUGAAAAAAGGGCUGAAAAAGAUUGAUCACCCCCUCAAAAAUGCGGAUAGCAUGCUUCAGAAUGUCUUGAAAGCGGUUGACACCAAUGGUGACGGGUAUAUUGACUACUCCGAAUUCCGGACCUUUGUCGAUCAUACCGAGCAAGGGUUAUGGCAGCUUUUCCAGACGAUCGAUCGUAACCAUAAUGGUGAAAUCGACAAGAACGAACUCAAAGCCGCUUUUUCCAACGCCGACGUGACAGUAUCCAGUGCUAAACUGGACGCAUUCUUUGCGGACGUGGACACGAACAGUGAUGGUGUCAUUUCUUAUCCGGAGUGGAGGGAUUUCCUUCUCUUCCUGCCUGCCUACUCCAACUUGCGCGCUGUCCUGUCAUAUUACACGGCCACGGGAAAUCUAAACCCGGAAGGAGAUGUCCACAUCAAUGAUCUACAGGGUUUAGGUACAGACCACUCGUUUCCUAAGCGUUAUAUCUUGGCCAUAAAGAACCUUUUGUACAAUAUUCUCCCAGUUCACGUAUUGGCAGCCCUCAUCCCGUCAGCUUAUGCGGAAGUCGGCGGAGCACUCAACUUUGGGGUCGCGCCUGGGAAUGAUUCUGUAUCCUUAGACGGUGACUCCGAAUUGGAGUGGCUGACCGUACCCAGGACUGUCGCCAUGUGGAUGUCCUUCCGAUAUUAUGAACGAAAGUUGACAGAGAACACUCCUCAAUUAGGUUACUUCAUUGCCGGCGGGAUUGCAGGUGUCGUAUCAAGGACAGCAACGGCGCCUCUAGAUAGACUUAAAGUCUAUCUUAUUGCCCAGACUGGUGCGAAAUCAGCAGCUGUCUGUGCGGCGAAAAAUGGUGCUCCGCUGCGGGCGGCAGGGAAUGCAUCAAAACCCCUUGCCGAUGCUGUCAAGGAAUUGUGGCGUGCUGGAGGCAUACGGAGCUUAUUUGCAGGUAAUGGGUUGAAUGUGUUGAAGGUCAUGCCUGAAUCAGCCAUUAAAUUCGGGGCAUAUGAGUCUGCUAAACGCGCGUUCGCUCGUCUUGAAGGUCAUAAUGACCCUAAACGUCUUGCACCGACGUCGCAGUUCCUGUCUGGAGGGUGUGGUGGAAUGGUUGCUCAAUGUUUCGUCUAUCCCCUUGACACUUUAAAAUUUCGGAUGCAAUGUGAGACUGUGGAAGGUGGUCUGAAAGGAAAUAAACUCAUCGCAGCCACUGCCCGAAAGGUUUUGAACAAACAUGGUAUACUCGGCUUUUUUCGCGGCUUGCCUCUUGGUCUUGUUGGCAUGUUUCCAUAUGCCGCCAUUGACUUGACGACUUUCGAGUACCUAAAGCGCGGAUUGCUAGCACGAAAAGCUCGCCUCCAUCACUGCCAUGAGGAUGACGUCCCGCUAAACAAUUUCACCACGGGAGCUAUCGGCGCGAUAAGCGGAGGAUUCAGCGCUUCUGUUGUUUAUCCACUAAACGUCCUCCGAACACGACUACAGGCCCAGGGCACCAUUCUCCACCCCGCAACCUAUAGUAGCAUUGGCGAUGUCGCUCGCAAAACUAUUCAAACCGAAGGCUUCCGCGGUCUCUACAAGGGGAUCACUCCGAACCUUAUGAAGGUUGCACCUGCCGUAUCCAUCAGCUACGUCGUGUAUGAAAACUCGAAACGAAUGCUUGGUCUGAGGUAA